UGUUGAGAGAGACAUACAGCAGAGCGUCAGGAAUAUCACAAUUAUCAUCAGUGCAAUAUUAGGUUUAUAUAACAGUCUUUCUUGAAACACUGCAUUUAUUUUUUCUUCUCGAUUGACUUGUCCAUUUGACGACACUUUCUCACUAUAUUGACGGUCGAUUUUUGUGCCCGUCAACUACAUCACCACAUCACACUACUACGCACACAUAUUUUCUCUCGCCAUGGCACCAACCGCUAUCGCUGAUCUCGGCGAGACCAUCGCCUAUUCUACUGGCCAGAAGCUGGAGGAUGUCUCCGACGCCAUCGACGACGUAAACUGCAUCAAGUACGAUUCCGAGUCCAAGUUUGACGCCAACAAAGACAAGGCCAAUUUCCGCCAGUACGAGGACGCCUGCGACCGGGUCAAGAACUUUUACAAGGAGCAGCACGAGAAGCAGACGGUCGCUUACAAUCUCGCUGCUCGCAACCGCUUCCACAGCGCUUCGCGGGUGCGCCCGGAGAUGACCAUCUGGGAGGCCAUGGAGAAGCUCAACACUCUCAUUGACGAAUCUGACCCGGACACGUCGCUGUCUCAGAUUGAGCACUUGCUUCAGUCCGCCGAGGCGAUUCGGCGUGAUGGCAAGCCGCGAUGGAUGCAGGUCACAGGUCUGAUCCAUGACCUCGGCAAGCUGAUGCUCUUCUUCGACGAGCUCGGCACUCAGGGCCAGUGGGAUGUGGUUGGCGAUACAUUCCCCGUUGGAUGUGCCUUUGACAAGCGCAUCAUCCUGCCUGAUACCUUUGUCAACAACCCCGACUCAAAGGAUCCCAUCUACUCGACCAAGUAUGGCAUCUACUCUCCAGGCUGUGGUCUUGACAACAUCAUGCUCAGCUGGGGCCACGAUGAGUAUCUCUACCACGUCGUCCGCGACCAAUCCACUCUGCCGGAUGAGGCGCUCGCCAUGAUCCGCUACCACUCGUUCUACCCCUGGCACCGCGAGGGAGCCUACAGGGAGUUUAUGUGUGAGAAGGACUGGGCUAUGAUGAAGGCUGUGCAGGCCUUUAACCCGUACGACUUGUACAGCAAGAGUGAUGAUGUUCCUAGCGUGGAGGAGCUUAAGCCCUACUAUAUGGAGCUGAUUGAUGAGUUUUUCCCUCAAAAGGUUGUCAAGUGGUAAAAGGAAGGGAAAGGAAACUGGGGAUCUAUUGAUUGAAGCGGGCGUUUUUAAGGGUUCUUAUUUUCAGCGUUUUUUUUUUUUUUUUUUUGUUGUAUGAUGUUAGAUAAGAGAAUAGGGGAUUGGAUAGAGAUGGCACAGCAUGGAUGAAUAAACAUGCGACUUGGCUCAUAACACUUGCGGAUGUACUUAUGUGAAAUUAAUGACAUAACGUACUUGUUCUCCC